AGUCGGAGUAAAAGUACACGGUUCGCGUCAUUCUAGUGUACGCGCGACCGGCUACCAGUACGCACGCGUUUACCGCUAAAAAUAAAGCCCGCCAAAUUCUAACGUGAACUUAUUCGAAAUUCAAAUUGAAAACAUUCCUAUAAACAGUUACGUACUCUAGAUUAUCUGUGGACAAUUAUUGUUUGUUAGGGUAUAUAAACAUUAAGGUUUAACAAUUCCGUGAAGGCGUUAACGAGGAAUAAAGGUAAACGCGGUGCACGUAUUUGAAAGUGAUUCAGUGAAAUAUAGUGGCAGUGUAGUGUAUUCUUUGUUUUUACAAUGAGAAGACGCUCGCGCAGCUGACUAUCCCACGCUGCUUACAUUAUUAUGCAAGCGCGAUCGUAAUAGCGCAUAAAUAUUUGAGUUGACAUUUAAGGCAAUGUCGAGCGGAUAUUGAAUCAUGGCUUUGGCGAAUUUUACGGUGGCCAGUCUCAAUGCUGCAACACCUGCGCUCGCGGCAACAUCGUCUGCCCCUUUGCGAGUACAACUAGAUGAUCUUCUUUAUUCUCCUGAAGAACACCAACCAGAAUACGCAGCACAGUACACUGGCAACGAACCCUUCAUACCACCCCCUAAUAUACAACAGCCAAGAAAAUCAAAGGUUAGAAAACGUGCUGGUACAGCGUAUCUGCCUCCACCUAACCAAUUCACACAUUAUCCACAACAAAAUAAUGUUCCUCAAAAUCCUUUUAAUAGUCAGCUACAUACACAAAUAUACCAACAAAAUACGAGACUCGACUUACAAAUAGAAAAUCAACGAGUUCAUGACAUCAAUGCAAAUUAUGAUAAUACAGGACAAUAUGUUCAUGAUCCCGCUGGCGAUUACGACUAUGCACAAAGAAAGAAUGGAAAAAAUGCAGGGCAACGACCACCUUAUAAUCCAGGUUAUGCGGAUGUACCUUUUAUGCCAGCGACCACAACUGGUCCACCAUCUAGUCGAAGGUUUGAUGGCGUCUCAAACCAAAACUUUAAUAUUGUAAGUGGUCCUGCGACACCGUCAACUCAAUCGGCAUCGCGGAAGCAAAAUGAGGCUGGAAAUAAAAUUAGUGGUAAUAGUGGUACAAAUGGACAAAUACCUCCGGAUCGCCCUCGAGGCUUCACUAAAGUAGAAACAGGCGGUUCAGGAGGUAAAACACAACUACACGCUAUACUCGACUACGACGACGACGAUUACUAUGAAGACGUACCGGGAUCAGAUUCGGGUCAGCCGGCAGUAACGCCUCUACAGGGUCCUAUUUUAUUACGCAAUGGUUCCGUACCCGUCGUGCCUCUAACCUCCUAUCCUACAGUCAACAAUGGAUCAUUCUACCAAAUACCUAUCCUUUGGACUGCCCUGUCACUAGCCUUGGGUUACGAGCUUCAAGGUCAAAUUAUACGAGGAGUGCCUUGCGUGAAACGAAAUUUUCAACUCUAUUGUCCGACCGCCGGUAAUACGUAUCCUAUAGACAAAAUCGAAACGUUUAUAGAUGAAAAUAAAGCACUUAUAAAGCGAAUGUACGGUUCCUUUACAAUACCAGGAGGUAACAGAGUGCGGAGGGCCCCUGGUGUACCUGACAUGCAUUCAGGAGACUCCUAUUUCCGACAUGUGCGGCAGACCAAGCCUAAGCUACCUGACACACAGUCCGUCAAUAAUACUGGGAGGAUAGACGCCUGUGAAAGUAAAACAGAAAUAAUGACGCCGUACUGGGCGCUGAACUCGGCGAGGAAGUUACGGGCAAUAGUCAACACUAUGCAUUUUGAACAAGCUAUACAUCAAGAGGUUUGCAGCAAACAAUCUACGUCAAGGUGUUCAGGCGAUUGCGGGUGUGAACAGAAGUACAAAUGGCAUCGACUGCUGGCCUAUGACCCCAGUGACGACUGUGCUGGCAUAUUCAUGGACUGGUUUUUAUUCCCGUCGUGCUGCGUGUGCCGAUGCAAGCCAUAGAUUAUAACAAAACUUAUAGUAAUUUCAAAUUAUAUUUAAUUAUUGUCAAUAUUAUAUGAAAAUGAAAUUUUUUUCUUGUGCAAUUUUUUAACGGGCUAAAGAUCUGAAGAUUGAUAAUCAACUGAUAUUUUAACGAGGUAAAAUAUUGACUUUAAAUAUGUUGUAUUUGUAAUUACUAUAUUAAUGAGAGCUAUUAAUUAAAUAUUUAUAUUAAGUCUUAGAUUUUAAUAAUUUUGUGUAUGUACCUACAUAUUAAAUAAAUCUUUAAGAAUAUUUUGAAGAAGUAUCAUAUUGUUUAAUUUAAAUCUAUUAUCCAGUUAAUCGGUAUAGAAUAUAUGAAAUUCCUAAAUUAAAUGUGUUCAUAUACUAUUAUUCAAGCUAUUCGAUCGAUGUAAACUAUUUAUAUUUAAAUCAUAUUGGCAAUGUAUCAACGAUGUAUUUUAUUUUGAGGUAAGCUGUGAUUUGUUUAUCAAAGGACAGAGUUUACCUGUCUGAUAGGAGGUAACUUUUAUUAUUUAAAAUAAUAGAUUUUGACAGAGAAAUAAAAUCAAAAAUAAUUGACGUGUCACUUUCUUCAACCUAUUACACUGCCUACUGCAUCUUAAGUUUUUUGUUUUUUUUUAAUUUAAUUUAAGCCUAAGCAAUAUAAAAUCAGAUCUUUAUAUUAUGUGUUGGGUAAAAUGUAUAUAUUUAUAAAAUUUGAAAACAUAUUCAGCAAUGUGAAUGGUAAUAUUUGUAUAUGAUGUAAGAUAUUUGUGAUAAUUCAUUUUAAUGGAAGCUU